AACAUCUAGUUGCCGGCACCGAGCUCUCGCGGGGUGAAGAACAUCUCGUUCGCUCGCAGGCACCGAGCUCUCGCGGACUAAAUCAAUCAGCAUCUGUGCCGCCAGACAUCUGCUAUCUUCUUCACAAGUGUGCUGGCAGGUGUGCUAAGGUGCCGGUGAUUGGAGCUUGGGCAGGUGACCAGUGUUUGCAUGAACGCAAACAGAGAACGUAAGGUAGGUACUUUCCAUGGGUGCGGAUCGUAGUUGGAUGUACAAUGAGCGGAAAGGUAGCUUGUUUAGCCCAGUUUGGAAAGCUGGUUUGGACAUUUUUCUGAACCAUGCCUUUUCAUUACCUGAAGCUGCUAUAGAUGGGACAUCUAAGUGUCCAUGUACUAAGUGUGACUGUUGCCACAAGAGAAAAAAGGAUGAAAUGGAGAUGCAUUUAUGCCGCAAUGGUUUCCAGUUGGGGUAUGAGAGAUGGACUAGGCAUGGGGAGUCUGAUGUAAAUGAUCAAGUAGACAAUGAAUACAUUGGUAGCUCAGAUAGGAUGAAUGAAAUGGUAAUUGAUGCUAUUGGUGCUGAAGGUGUCCAUGAGAGUGAGGAACGAACUAAAGCAGCAAAGGAGUUAUAUGAGCUCCUAGAAGAAGUAGAUAAACCGCUGCAUGAUAAGACAUCUCACUCCCGCCUAUCCAUUGUAGCACGACUUAUGACCAUAAAAUCACAGUAUAAUCUUUCUCAAGCUGGUUACAAUGAAACAAUGAAUCUUAUACAUGAAGUUGUUGGAGAUGAGGCUGCCAAGGAUCUCCCUAAAAACUUUUAUAGGUCUAAGAAGUUUGUGCAUAGCCUAGGAAUGCCUUAUGUGAAGAUUGAUGCAUGCCCCAAUGGAUGCAUGAUAUAUUACAAAGCCGAUAGAGAAAAUUUAGAAAGCUGCUCUAUUUGUGGUGAAUCUCGGUAUGAGGAGCCAACUAGAGGAAAGAAAUCUAGGAAAGUACCAAAAAAAUUUUGCGUUACCUUCCAAUUACUCAAAGGCUACAACGCCUGUACAUGUCACAGAAGACGGCAAAGCACAUGGGGUAUCAUGCACAACCCCGCAGCAAUGGUAAUAUUAUGGCUCACCCUUCGGAUGGAGAAGCUUGGAAGGAAUUUAACAAGUUGUAUCCAGAGUUUGAUAAAGAGGUUAGGAACGUGCGUCUUGGUUUGGUAACUGAUGGUUUUACACCUUUUAGUGCUCAUGCUGCCCCAUACUCUUGUUGGCCUGUCUUUGUUGUUCCAUAUAACCUCCCUCCUGAAAUGCGCACUAGAAAGAGCAACAUCAUCCUUGCACUCGUUAUUCCUGGCCGUGAACACCCGGGGAAGAACUUUAACGUAUACAUGGAACCACUAGUUGAUGAGCUCCUGGAUUUAUUUGAAGAAGGUUCUCUUACUUAUGACUGUUAUAGAAAGGAAAACUUCACCAUGAAGGCAAUGGUGUUGUGGACCAUUCAUGAUUUUCCUGGAUAUGGCUUAGUAGCAUGUUGGAGCACACACGGGAAGCUAGCUUGUCCAAUUUGUGGGUCUGACAUUAAUACAUUUAAUUUGAAGCAUGGGAAAAAACCUUGCUGGUUUGAUUGUCAUAGGAGAUUCCUUCCAGCUAGCCAUGCAUUCCGCAAAAGUGUGAAAUGUUUUCGUAAGAAAACUAAAGUUACAGAUCCUCCACCAAAGCACCUAUCUGGUGUUGAGAUAUUGGAAGAGUUAAAUCAUCUAACUCUUGAUAGGACAUGCAAGAAUAAAUAUGAAGGGUUUGGGAAGUCCCACAAUUGGACAGAUAUUAGUUGUUUGUGGCGAUUGCCAUACUGCAAAAAGUUGCUUCUCCGACAUAACAUUGAUCUCAUGCACAAUGAGAAAAAUGUUGCAGAGGCACUAUUAGGCACAACUCUAGAUAUCGCAGAUAAAACUAAGGAUAAUAUUAAAGCAUGUCUUGACAUGGCUAUGCUUUGUGACCGCCCAACUUUUAACUUGAUUAAGAAGCCCAAUGGCACAUGGUCAAUACCGAGGGGAAAAUAUUGUGUUAGUAAGGAUGAUAGAUCGGUUAUCCUCAAGUGGUUCAAGCAAUUGAAGUUUCCAGAUCGCUUUGCUGCUAAUUUAGGUAAAUCUGUAAAGUUGGAUAAACAUAAAUUUAUUGGUAUAAAAAGCCAUGACUUACACAUAAUCCUCGAGCGCCUACUGCCAGUUGCACUUAGGGGUUUCAUCCCUGAGAAGGAAUGGAAGGAUAUAGCAGAAUUAUGUUUUUUUUAUCGACAAAUAUGUGCCAAGGAAAUUGAUCGAGAGAUAAUGCGUAAACUUGAGGAGGAGAUUCCAGUUCUUCUCUGCAAGCUAGAGAAAAUGUUUCCACCAGGGUUCUUUAAUCCAAUGCAACAUCUAAUUGUGCAUCUUCCAUAUGAGGCAAGGGUAGGCGGACCUGUGGCAUUUCGUUGGAUGUACCAACAUGAGAGGUACAUGCAUGACCUGGGCCUGAAAGUGCAGAACAAAGCUAGAGUUGAGGGCUCUAUUGUAGAGGCCAAGAUUGUGAAAGAGAUAACUGACUUUUUUUCUGGAUAUUUUGCUGACCAUGUUCGUACUAGAUGGAAAAAGAUUGACAGAUACAAUAGUAGAGGAACACACGUGAAGAAUGGUGGCUGCACUUUAGAUGUUUUCCAAUACCAAGGCACCCUUCAUGGUAGGGGCGUGCCUCAUGAUCUCUCAGAACAAGAAUUGAAUGCAGUGAGGCUAUAUAUUUUGACCAAUUGCUCUGCUGUAGAUCGACAUCUUGAGUCAUUUGUGGCACAGAAGUGUGCUAAUAAUCCUAGGUUGUCAGUGAAGGCCCUGGACCAAUUGAUCACAAAUGAAUUUGUGGACUGGUUUAAGAACACUUGUAGAAAGGAUACUGAAGCAGAUGAAGACUUGUGGAAUUUAGCCAAUGGAUGCAAGUCUAGAGUACUAUCAUACAGCUCGUAUGAUGUUAAUGGCUAUAGGUUCAGAUCAGAGCGAUAUGAGAUUUCUUGUGCAAAGGUGACCACAGUGAACACAGGGGUUUGUUUGACAUCAUUCACCUCAGAUGAUCAACAACUUGACUAUUAUGGUGUAGUCGAGGAUAUUAUCAAAUUGUCUUUUAGUGCUGGUAGAAAAAUUGAAAUGGUGCUCUUACAGUGCCGCUGGUUUGAUCCCAUCUCUGGUCUUAGAUCUGAACCAAAACUAGGUUUGGUGGAGGUCAAGCCAUCUUCAAGGCUAGUGAUUUUUGAACCCUUUGCCAUGGCUCACCAAGCCACACUAGUAUACUACUUGAAGUACCCAUCUCCAAGGCCUGAUUUGCGUGAUUGGUGUGUUGUUAACAAGAUCCAACCAAGGACCUUGACCAACCUUGACAGAGAUGCUGCACAUGAGCCACCUACUAGAGAUGUAUUUUUCCAAGAAGAUGAGCUGCAGGGAAGCUUCUCCAUUGAUGUUGAUGGCUUGGUUGAUGACGUACCUGUAUCUUCAGAGGCCAUGGAUGAUGUCCUUGAUCCCCAAGACAUUGAAACUAUAGAAAAGCAAAGCAGCACUGAAGAUCAAUUGGAUGAUGCCAUUUCUUAUCAUGGGAGUAGUAGUGACGAAGAGCAACAGUUACUUGAAGAAAAUAGCGACCAGGAAGAUAUUGACGAGGAUGAGGAAACCACAGAUGAUGAUUCCUUAGAAUUUGAUCAUGAUGAUUAUUGAAUCCUUAUUUUAAUAUGUACAUUAGUAUCUUACUAUUUAGCUUUCAUGUCGAACAAGAAAUAUGUCUUCCCAAUCUGAAUGUGGUGCAUGCUUGUUCGAUUGAUGAUUUAGUUCACUUAUUUUACUUGUGUAUCACCUAAUUUUUUGUGCCACCUCAUCUUGUUUAAUAAAUAUUUUAUGCAA